AUGGAAGAGCACAAGCCGAUUGAACACUCAGCGGAAAGCUCGGGUGUUGAGGAGAACCGCCACUGGUCAAGCGAGAACAACAACUCGUCUUUCGAGUCUACGCUUUCUUCUGAUGCAGCUGCCCCCGUUGCUUCGCCGUCGCCUGUAAAGGAAGCUGCUGCUGAGGACAUCGAUAGCGAGCGUCCUAGUAGCAUUUCCGAUUUCGACAGACCCUCAUCGGUUCGCUCUGGGUCAUUCUUCCAGGAGCCGUCCUUCAACUCGGACACGCCUCGAGGCAGUCUGGCAUCGAGUUCGCUCAGCGGUGUGUCCCGCCCUCGUGACGAAUCGUUUGUCGAUCCGUUCCGGUCGCGCGAGGACUCGUACGCCGAUGAAACUCGCUCUCGUGGUGACUCGUACGCUGACGACACGCGCUCUCGCAACGAUUCCUACGCCGACGUGUUCCGGGCGCGCGACGACUCGUACGACGAUGCAUUCCGAUCGCGUGGAGACUCGUACGCUGACGUGCCGUCCAAGUCUGACUUCGACGAGCGCAGUCUCAGUGACAUCGAAACCCGUGACGGCCCGAAGUACUUUGACACGGACAGUGAUCGCGCUAGCUCGUUCAGCAGCGACUCGCCCGUGUCUGGCCAGCGUACCAGCGACGUUGAGAAGGACCAAGCGAAGGACGAAGAAGAGCCAGCUACCCGCAAGAAGAGCGGUAGCCGCUGGCGCGCCGCUAGUGUCCUUAGUGCGCUUUCAAGCCGUCGUUCGAGCAAGCCUUCAAGCUCUCCUACGUCGUCUCUGGAGGACGAGGACAAGAACGCGGACUCAAGCAAGGCUCGCUCCAGCACUCUGCCGUCUGUUGUCGGCUUGAGCUCGGUUGCUGGUAUGCUCACGCGGAAGAUCUCGCUCCCUGCCAGCAACACAAGCAGCACGAAGUCGUUCGAGGAAGAAAUUGAGGACACGUUCCUGUAUUCGCCGCCAGCCCAGCAAGCGCCCAAGAGCAAGUCUCGGUUCGGUCGCUUCACCGCCCCGACCGUGUCCAAGCCGGCCUUCCCGACGCGUUUCGCGUGGAAGAAGACCAAAUCUCGCCGCGGCACGAAUGCUGACGAGGACGACGAGGUCGCGGACACACACGCCGCCUAA